CGAACUCUGCGCAGCUCCCGCCGCCGCCGCCGCCCGAGCGCCGCCGAGCCACCGAGCUAGCGGCCGCGGCCGCGGAGGAGGUGCCGCCCCAGGGGGAGGAGGUGCCCGCUCGCCGCGGACCGCCCGCGGCAGAGGCCGCCCCGGUCGCGCCGCGGCGGGAGCGGCCGGCGGAGGCUGCGCGGCCGAGGGGGAGGGCCGGGGGAGUGGACGUCGCCUCUGCCGGUCUCCCGCCGCCCCCCGUCCGCAGGCUUCCGAACCUCAGUCGGCGCUAAGCAUCCCGCUGCCUCGGACCCUCCUGCGGGCGCGCACCAGGCUCACCUCAGGCUCAGGACUGCAGGUAGACAUCGCCACUGCCCAGGAAUCAUUGAACGUGCAGAAAGGACAGCCUCUUUGGAAGGCCGGCCUUACUGGAGUCCCACCUCGGCAUGGGCCUUGCCAUUGAGGCAGCUCCGCUGUCUGUGCUGGUCUGAGGGUGCUGCCCGUCAUGGGGGCAGCCAUCUCCCAGGGGGCCCUCAUUGCCAUCGUCUGCAACGGCCUCGUAGGCUUCUUGCUGCUGCUGCUCUGGGUCAUUCUCUGCUGGGCCUGCCACUCUCGCUCUGCUGACAUCGACUCUCUCUCCGAAUCCAGUCCCAACUCCAGCCCGGGCCCCUGUCCUGAGAAGGCACCACCACCCCAGAAGCCUAGCCAUGAAGGCAGCUAUUUGCUGCAGCCCUGAAGGCCCCUGGCCUAGGCUGGAGCCUGGGACUUAAGUCCACCACACCCAGAGCCUGGGAUCAGGAUUCCAGAGUUCAGCCAGCCUGGGAUCCAGAACUUGGAGUCCAGCCUACUUUGAGUUGGAUCCAGCAGCCCAUAAUCUAGCCAGCCUGGCACCAGGAAGGGCUCAUUGGCCCUAGGGAGACGGUCCUGGGGUAGGAGUUCAUGAGUUGGUGCUAGGGCCAGGGCCAUCUGGACUCUGCUCCAUCCCAAGGGCCAAGGGGUGGGUCUACCCUUUCCCUAGGCUGAGCACCUCUAGGCCCUGUAGGUUGGGGAAGCAAACUGGAACCCAUGGCAAUAAUGGGAGGGUGUCUAGGCUGGGCCCCUCCCCUGGUCCUCCCACUGUUUGCUGGAUAAUAAAAGGAAGUAUGGCUCUA